ACACAACACUUUCACGUACAACCAUCAAGGCCUUCCCAUUUCUAUCGGCAAGAAUGAAGAUCCAGCGAGCUAUCUUCUUAGUCUCACUCAUUUUUUUCAUCUCUUCCAUCUCCACUUUAGCCCAGUCACCUGCCGCUUCCCCUAAACCCCCACCGAAAAAACCAUCCCCCGCAGCUACAAAGGCUCCGUCUCCGGCGCAGGCGAAGCCAUUGGUCCCCACAUUACCUCAGUCUCCAGAGUCGUCCUCUGAAUCAACCCCCGACGACAUCACAAGAAUCCUCAAGAAGGCCAAAGUGUUCACUGUUUUUGGCCGCCUCUUGAAAACCACGGAAAUCAUUAACAACGUCAAUUCACAGCUCAUAACUGCAAAGUCCGGUGGCCUGACCAUCCUCGCCCCGGACGACGACGCCUUCUCGGAUCUCAAAGCAGGGUUCCUCAACUCCCUCAACAACGGCCAAAAGAUCGAACUCUUACAGUUCCACAUUCUUCCCGUUUUCGUUGCCAGCAACAAUUUCGAUUCUCUGAACAACCCGGUUCAGACGUUGGCGGGCACGGAUAACCCCGCGAGGCUGCAGCUCAACGUGACGACGUUCGGGGACAGCGUGAAUAUCACGACCGGGGUGGUGGAUGCCACCGUUAAAGGCAUAGUAUACUCCGAUAGGCAGCUUGCUAUAUAUCGUUUGGACAAGGUUCUUCUUCCUCUGGACUUUGUUCUGCCCAAGUCUGCUCCGGCGGCGGCUCCUGCAGCCCUGGCAAAAACGCCUAAAACUGAUAAGGAGAAGCCAUCAGAAGACGAUGAUAGCGCGGAUGACACAAGCCAGAGAAAAUCCGGAGCGAGUGGUGUGUUUAGGAGCCAAGGAGGCGCGCUGGUAUCUCUUGGAAUGGCUUUGGUUGUCGGAGCAGCAAUGUGGCGUUGAAGAAGAUCCAUCCGAUGCGACUGAAUUUCUCGAACAAGCGCGUUAAUUAAUUAAUUAUUUAUUUUUAAGCAAGCUCCCCAAUUAACUUUGUUGGCGUUGUCGUCUAUUUUCGGCGUUCUAAACAUUUAUAAAUUUUUCCUGGGCUUUCGAAUUUGUUGGCGUAGGAGAUUGUUGCUUGAGGACAUCUGAAUCCACAACAUGUUAAUCUUCCUUUUUUGUUCAAUCUUUCGUUUCAUUUUAUGAGAUUAUAAAAUUACGCUUGUUUUUGGUA